AUGGCCGCCGACGGCCGCUCCCCGCGCGACGGCAACCAACUCGAGAUCCUCCGCUACUACAACCCUCCCCCAGGCCAGUUCUUCCUCCCGCCCCACGAUUUCCAGCCGAUCUGUUCAAUCCCUUGUUGGAUCCAGAGGGAGAAGCCCCGACCACCCCAUAGCCUUCCCCGGCGGCGACCAUCGCAUCCCCAGGCCCAGCGGAGGAUCUCCUCGGUGGCACGCCUCCAUCCCUACCGAAUUGCGCUCCCGGAGGCAUGGAACGAAGGCGCCCGUCCGGCCGCCCGAAACCCUAGCCCGAGCAGCCUCCCCGACCGCCCCCUGUGUGUUCUUGCUGCUAGCUGGGAUGGACCCUCGCUCAACCUGGGAUUGAACCCAAAAAAAGCAUGUCAAUUAGAGAUUCUUGUCAAUGCCUACUUCACAGUUGUAGAUGGUAGGAAAAUGCACAAUAAAGGAAGGACUGUUAGCUGGGUUGUUGACUCUGAAGAAUAUGCACUCACUGAUCUGUUGGAUGACUACAGGUUAAUGGAACAUCUGCUAAUGCUAGACAAAGACUCGAGCUUACCAAAAAACUAUGUUACGGAGUACAAUUCAAGGCUUACUAGCAUUUUCGGAAAUAAGAAAUUUAAAGGAAUUCUCGGCUCUCUCACGGAUGCGGAUGCAACAACCAGCAACAUCCUGAGAUUUCUUUUCAGAGUGGUGUCAUAUAUGGACAUGGAAUCUGGACUUCUGUCAAUGGAAUGCUUUACACAUGCUCUUUCCUGCAUGCAGAGGCAACCCAAGCUGGACAGUUUGCAAGAUUUGUCCAUUUUGGAACUGUACAUACUUGUAUGCAUGAAUAGACUAGAAGAUAAGGAGCAAAAUUCGUACAACUUCAACUCUAUAAUGAAAGAAUACAGAUCUAUACAGGAUGCCUACAAAACUUCUGACAAGUAUGCAAGCGCUGUUUGCUUCAGGGCUUUUGAACAUCUCUUGGACCGCGAGUUGAUUACCUUUGCAGACUCCAAAGGGAGAAAUGUGGCUCUUGAAUAUCGGCCUGUCAAACUUCUGAUAUCUUCUCGUGAGCUUGCACAGUCCCUCGAGUUAAACACUACAUGCCCUGCUGUACUGCAGAAGCUACUUGACCGUGAAAGAUACAUGUAGAAGUAAUUAUGUGUUUGCUGAUGUUGUAGUACAGUUUCAAUGUUGCUGCUGUGCUUGUUUCACCAGAGCAAAUUUGUUGUCCAGGU